UGUGAGACAGAGUCUAGUGUUUCCUACAUUUUGACAGUAGUGAUAUCUCCUGCCGAAUAGCUGCUGUGGUGGAUUUGACUAAUAGUGGCUCAGUCUUUUUGUUUGCCGUUUUCUCUUUGGUUCGUUGGAUGUUGCAGGAUUGAUGGAGAUACAAAAGACUCACUCAGCACUGCUUUACACCGGGAGACAAGAGCUGCACUGACAGAGGUCUGCUAAGUGGUCGAAACAAAGUGGCUGGACAGAGAGAAUACGUGUCCACACGUGUAUGUCCUCGGCGCGGCUCUCAGGAGAACUUUCUGACCAAUAAGCAGUGGUGAGGGAGAAGGCGAGCCAAUUAGGGAGAGAUGUUGGGGCAGGGCAGGCAUACGGCCCUGGCUCUCGUGUCUUUACUGGUUCUAUUGUUGCGUGAGGCAACACCCAUCGAAGUCCCACAAGACCCAAAGAUCCAGCAAGACCUAAAGCAACCCCCCACUAUAGUCAAACAGUCAGUGAAGGACUACAUUGUCGACCCAAGAGAUAACAUCAUCAUCGAGUGUGAGGCCAAGGGAAACCCAGUGCCAACGUUUUCAUGGCGAAGGAAUGGGAAGUUCUUCAACAUUGGGAAAGAUCCCAGGGUGACUAUGCGAAAACGCUCAGGAACACUGGAGAUUGGUUUCCGUAGCGGGGGACGACCAGAGGACUACGAAGGAGAGUACCAAUGUUUUGCUACCAAUGACUUUGGAGUAGCUCUGUCCAACAAAAUCCUGCUGCGGGUCUCAAAGGCUCCUCUGUGGCCCAAGGAGGUGUUGGAGCCAGUGGUGGUGACUGAAGGCUCCCCUCUGGUUCUAACCUGUAACCCCCCACCAGGACUACCUCCUCCCUUUACCUUCUGGAUGAGCAGCGCUAUGAACCCAAUAUCACAAAAUAAGAGAGUGUCUACAGGUUUGAAUGGAGACCUGUACUUCUCCAAUGUUGUUGCUCAAGACGCUCACACAGACUACAGCUGCAAUGCUCGCUUCCUCUUCACACACACCAUCCAGCAGAAGAACCCCUUCACACUCAAAGUUCUCACCAGCCGUAAAGUAUCCGAGUCCACGCCGACCUUCCUCUCACCAUCAGGCAGUGAGAGCUCCAAAAUUGUGCAACGAGAUGAGCAACUGCUACUGGAGUGUAUCGCUGCUGGACUACCAACUCCUACCGUCAAGUGGUUCAAGAAGGGUGGGGACCUGCCAGGACACAAAGUGAAGUUUCAGAAUUUCAACAAGACCCUGAAGAUUAUCAGUGUGUCAGAGGAAGAUGCUGGGGAGUAUGUGUGCAUGGCCAACAGUCAUUUAGGCAGCAUACGCCACAGCAUAUUUGUCCAGGUUAAAGCGGCUCCUUACUGGCUGGACAAACCUACGGACAUGGUGCUAGCCCCGGAUGAGAACGGACGCCUGGUGUGUCGGGCCAACGGGAACCCUAAACCUAACAUUCAGUGGCUGAUCAAUGGACAACUUAUAGACAGCUCUCCUCCUAACCCGAACAGACAGGUGCUCGGUGACACCAUCCUCUUCCGCUCAGUGCAAAUGGGAAGCAGUGCUGUUUAUCAGUGCAACGCCUCCAACCAGCAUGGAUACCUGUUGUCCAAUGCCUUCGUCAGUGUUCUCGACAUGCCUCCGAGGAUGCUGGGCCCUAAAAACCAACUGAUUAAAGUCAUUGAGAACAACCGCACCUUUUUGGAUUGUCCUUUCUUUGGUUCCCCUCUUCCUGAACUACGCUGGUUUAAGAAUGGACAGGGCAGUGGGCUGGAUGGUGGACAGUACCGUGUUUACAUCAACGGCACCCUGGAGAUCAAAAGGGCUCGAACAGAGGACGAGGGCACAUACACAUGUGUUGCCAACAGCAUCCUGGGCACAGCUGAGAACCAGGUCCGCCUGGAGGUGAAAGCGCAAACUCGUAUAAUAAGAUUCCCUGAGCACCAGUCAGCCAUCAGGGGCUCCACAGCUCGUUUCAACUGUAAAGUGAAGUCGGAUCCCAGCCUGCCUGUCACUGUGACCUGGACCAAAGAUGACAAGUCUCUCUAUCUAGGAUGGAGGCUGAGGAAGGAUGACGAGUCACUGACCAUCCCCAAUGUGAAUGAGGGUGAUGAGGGAACAUACGCCUGCACUGUUAAAUCUGAGAUUGACCAGGACUCCGCAUCUGCCCGCCUGACUGUGUUAGAGGAAGCCUCUCUCAACCCCUCACUCUCUAGCACCCUGCCUCCAGACCGCCCAGACCCUCCCAUGGAUCUAGAUCUGUCUGACCCAGCAGCUCGCAGUGUUCGUCUCACCUGGAUCCCUGGAAAUGAUCACAGGAGUCUCAUCACAGAGUUCUUGGUCCAGUUUGAGGAGGACCGCUGGGAGCCAGGCAGGUGGCAGAAUCUGUCCACUUACCCUGGGGACCUCAACUCUGUCAUCCUGCAGCUUGCCCCAUUUGUCAACUACCAAUUCAGGGUCAUCGCCAUUAAUUCAGUUGGCCAGAGUCAGCCCAGCCGUCCCUCACCAAGAUACAAGACCAGUGGAGCAGCUCCAGAUGUAAUUACCAGAGGUCUUAGAGGAUGGGGCUCCAAGAAGGACAACAUGGAGAUCACUUGGGAGCCACUGCUUGAUCUGGAGAGAAAUGGUCCAAAUCUACAAUACAACGUGUGGUGGAGACGGAAGGAUGUGGGGGAAGAGUGGAGUAAUGUGACCACAGAGGGGUCCAAACAUAUCAUCCACAACACAGAAACCUAUGUGCCUUAUGAGAUCAAAAUCCAGGCCAUAAAUGAGUUUGGCAAAGGACCUGAGUCUAAUGUGGUCAUUGGAUACUCUGGAGAGGACAAGCCCACAAAUGCCAUCACUGACUUUAGGGUAUCAAAGGUCGACAGCACCAAAGCAAACAUCCACUGGAAGUCUGUGGACCCAAACUCUGUCCAGGGAGAGUUCAAAGAGUACAAGCUGUAUUACUGGCGUGAGUCCAGUAUAGUCCCAGGUUUGAUGGUCAGUAAGGAGAAUAAGACCAAAGGGAUCUACAGCACCACGUCCGAGCCAUCUUUCAUCCUCAGUGACCUGGUGCCCUACUCUAAAUAUAAGAUUUUGAUGGUUGUGGCCAAUAGCCGCUUUGAGGGCCCUCCCAGCAACACUGUGGAGUUCUCCACUAAGGAGGGAGUCCCCGAUGCUCCAAGGUUCUUCAGGAUCAACAGGAAGAGUUUUGACACUAUCUACUUGGAAUGGGAUAAACCUUUGGAGCCAAACGGCAUUCUAACUGGAUAUCAGCUCAAAUAUCAAACAGUCAAUGGCUCCAGGGUUGGUCGACAACAGCUGGAGACUUUUCUUCCGAAUAUGACAGACUUCACCCUCCACCUGCCAGAUCGAUCUACCCGCUAUAAGUUCUUACUGUCAGCGCUCACACAGGUGGGAGCAGGAGAGGUCUUCGCUGAGGAGUCCCCACACUUCACCAAUGAGGAUAAUUUUACUGAUACUACAGGUCUAGUCAACCUUAUAGACACCUCUGUGGCUUCAACUUUCACUCCCACUCCUCCUCCUCUCGCUUCUCUUCCUCCUACUACCAUGGCUCCUACGACCAUCGCUCCUACAGCCAUUAGCACCUCAACUACUACCACUCCUAAAGCUACAACUUCUCCUUCUACUACUACGUCUACUACAACAACUCCUACUACCACCACCACUGCAACUGAGGCAACAACCACCAUCACACCUCCUGUGCUAGUCACCACCAGGCGUACCGAUCAGAAUGUGUUGGUGGCCCCGGGGCGGCAGAUCUGGGAUCUGACGGUGGAGCCUAACAGUAACUACGCUAACGUCAGCUGGAGACACAACUUCCCCGCCGGCAGCAGCGAGUUUGUGCUAGAGUUCACACUGGACAGCAACAAGACGGAGAAAACAGUACGAGUGAAUCAACAGCCCCCCAUUAGAGUGGCGGAUCUGAUCGCAGGUGCCACGUACCGUCUGAGGGUUUACUCCCAUGAAUUCAACAGCAUCAGCAGCAAUUAUUUCACCUUUAAGACCCAAGCAGCUUACAUAGACCAGGUAGACAUCGCCACUCAGGGUUGGUUCAUAGGCUUGAUGUGUGCUAUUGCCCUCAUCAUAUUGAUCCUCCUCAUCGUCUGCUUCAUCAAAAGGAGUCGUGGUGGCAAAUAUCCAGGUGGCUGCUGUGUGACUGGUUUCUUAAAAUAUCUCGUGCGUGACAAAAAAGAUCUACCCUUAGACUCAGUGGACCAUAAAGACCAGGAUGGAUCCUUUGAUUACCAAAAUGGGUCAUCUGUCCCUGACAGGAACGAAAACGAAAACAGCAGUGAUGAGGACAACAAGCCUCUGCAGGGCAGCCAGACUUCACUGGAUGGCAAUGUGAAGGAAAGCGACGACAGCCUUGUGGACUAUGGUGAAGGUGGUGAUGGUCAGUUCAACGAGGAUGGCUCUUUUAUUGGCCAGUACACAGUGAAGAAGGACAAGGAUGAGACGGAGGGCAACGAGAGCUCCGAGGCCACUUCACCUGUCAAUGCCAUCUACUCACUGGCAUAGCCUCCCGGCAGCACAUAGGGGACUAAGUGCCCCAAACAUCCACCCAGUGAUUUUAUGGUUGUACGACAGCACCAUACACCCCAAGCAAACACCCAGACACACGCACACAACAACAUAUUUCUAUAUGAAACACCAAUAACAAAGCAGAAAUGCAGCAGGGCCUGUCUGGAGAGUGUGUAGACUUUCCUCUGAUGAUAACAACAUGGAACUCGGCAGUGCAACUAGACCACAAGCCUUUACUUUAUGUUUUCAGCUGUAAAAUAUGGCCCGUCUGAGGUGAAGUUUGGACAAAGUGGACAGUGCUUGUUUUACUCUGCGUGCCCUUUACCCACACAGACGAAGUGUGCCUUCUGGGCAGCUUCCAGUAUUUGGAGACAUCUCCAAGUGUUACUUAGAGAUUUUCCUUUGUUUGUUCCUGCUCUGAACAUUUUCAGUGUCAAUGCUCUGCUUCCUGAUGCGCCUCUCAUACUUUAGUGUAGCAUCCCAGUAAAGUUCACGAAGUGGUUACACACAAACCCACACACGCACACACUCGCCCCGUGUUUUAACAUAUCAGCUUCGAAACAUCAAACUCAACAGGAUGCUGGCAGAUAUGUUUAUCAUAUUGAUAUUUAAGCAAUGAAAGAUUGAAGUUUUUCCUCAGCUGGUAGAUGAGUCAUCAAAUCUUAAUGAAUGCUGUAUACAGUCCUGGCACACAUUUAAUGCUCCGCAAAACUAUGCACUGUCACCUCCACAAUACCAUAAUGUUUUAAUCUGGUCAGUAAACAGUACAUUUAAGUUCACUUUUACCAUAUACAGUCCAAACUCCCAUGCUUUGUAUUAACUUUGCCUUGUAUCAUGUGGUAGACUUUUUUUUUUUAUUCCUUUAAUCCAAUCGAUCAAAAUGGCUGCCAUAACAAAAGCCAUUUCACCGCAAACAGCAAACUUUGCUAUCGUGUGUUUUCAAUGAAUACAUUAAAAUAAUAUUUUGGACCACUGUAGAAAGGCAACUGGAUAACAACUCAGUGAAUUUCAACAUGCAGGCUAAUUACCAUUAAUAUUCUGUUGCUUUUUUUUUGUCAGUUUCUCAUUUGUUAACCAUAAGAAUAUGUAAGUAUAAUAAGUACAUUUUAGACAACAUUGUUUGGAUUGCAGUGCUCAUUACAAUGACUAAUUGUGGUUGGUUAAAACAUAUCAAAACACAAAAUUUCUUAAAUCCUUAUGUUUCCAGGCUGGGGGCUGAUAUACAUUCUCUCCUGUGUGACAUGAGUACAAUAUGAGAAGUUGAAGGCGUGUUCAUGCUAAAUGUUGCAUUGUAUUGUACACAAAUUGAAAAGGAUUUUUAUUACAGUCUAUAGUCCCAAACAGCCAGAGUACCGACGUUAGCUUUAACCUUAUUUGUAGGCCUACUGUAUACCCCAACUUAUUGGAGUACUUUUUGAUAUUUUCCUCCAGACCUCCAUUUUCAAUUCAUGACGUUGUGUCAAUCACACUGCCUCUAAAGGUGUUCUGUUUUCUAAAUUCCAGAAUUUAUGUUUAUUAAUUUUACCAAUUUGUUUUGCAUAGACAAAAUUAAUACAGCAAUGGGGUCAUGUAGGAUACGUUUAAAACUAUAUUAUUUAAAGUAUGAAGAUAUAUCAAUAAAAUUUACAACACACUUUGAAAUGAAACAAACUGAGAUUUUAGUUUUUGCAGAGAAAGACAAAAAAGAGAAAACUAUUUAAUUAACAGAAUAUGUUCUUCUAGUCAUUGUCUUUGCAGACUUAUGGACUGCCAUUCAAUGAUCUGCUCAUGUUUCUUUAGUUAAUACUUAUCAUUCAGUGAGUGCUCAUUGGUUUUAACGCAGAGUUUUGCCGCUCUUACUGUAGUUACAAGCUGGUCAAGAGGGCUAUUAGACCCUCCAAUGCUAGAUCACAUGGAAAGUAAAUGUAUUUUAAAUGUUUCUUUUAUAUUUCUAUUUAUGACAUUAUGUGGAUAGUAUUAAUAUAUUAGUUCCUUAUUUAAUAAUUGUUAUAAUCACUCAUGACAGACUUAUUCUAGUUUUCACACACCAGAAAUAGCCAAAGUAAAGAUGUCUUCAGAAUCUGUUAUUGCUUAUCAUGAGAGGCAUUGAACUCAAAAGUAUGAAUAAGAUAUUUUUGUAGCAGCUGGCUUUUCUGCUGUAAACAAAACCAGAAAAAGAAAAUACUGUACCUGUCAUCAUGUUAUCUGUCCGUUGUGCUGCUUUUCUUGUACUACUGUUAUUCUGUGUUGUUUUUCUGAUUUAUGUAACAUACCAUUUCUACCACACUGAAAAUGUAUAUUGUUGCUUAUUAUUUAUUUGGCAUAUAUUUUGUACAUGUUGGUCUCAUAUCUUUGUAAAUAUUUCAUGGUCAAUUUCCCCUGAAAAAUGCUUUAUUUGAAAAGAAAACAAAGGUUCACAAAUUUGCAUCCACCAAGCAAAUUCAACCUGUGCAUCUCUAGUGUUUCAUGUACCUCUGUUAUAUAGCUUUUGCACUCAACAAGAACCACUCUACACUCCAAUAUUUCCCUUUGCUUUGACAUUGUAAUAUAUAGAACUGACUGUGAUAAGUCAGUCACUUGCUUAAUGAUGGUCUGAAUUCUAUAUUGUGAAAGAGGAAUAUGUAAGAUUCUCUAUGAUGUAAAUAUGUUCUUCAAUAUCACAUUUGUAGUAUUUGUCGCAUAAAAACUGCUAGUAGGCCUAAAAAACAUGCAUUCUCUGAUGUAUUGGAACAAACUCAGUCCUUCACAUUAUUCUUUCUGAGACUGUCUACUCCUUCCUUCCAAAUGCCUUUUUCCCAACAUGAUUGCAUAUCUGCGUCCCAUUUCAGAGGCCUUCCUCAGACGAAUAAAGCUUGAGCCUUUUCCGCCACAGUUGAGCUUUUCAAUACUCACAUAGACAAAAAGAAAAAGAUGCAAUUAUUCUUUCCAUGUCCCUGAGGGUCUAUGUGACAUUUAGUCCACAAGAAUCUGUGUGAAGCCUAAACUUUACUCACACCAUACUCUAAACCCAUGAGAAUAUCUCCAUCUAUUAAAAUGUCUAGUAUAAUGUAAACAUAUGGUUGAUACAUGUCCACCAUGCUGCCUGUUUCCUUAUGUCCCGGUUUAGUAAUUCAAUUAUGUUACAUAUUUAUAGCACUUUAGCAAUUGUGGAGAGAAAAAAACUUCCUCAGUAACUAUAAGAAACCUCUAGCAGAAACAGACUAGAUGUAGGCAGCUAUCUGCCUCGACCUAUCAGUCUGCCGUUCGGAUUGUUGUCAACUUGAAACAUUUCCAAGAUUACCCUCUGGAAGUUUUCCCUAAAAUAAUGUAACCUUUUCACUGCAGGAUCUUAAAAAUACAUUAUCUGGGGCCUCCCAUGAGUCUUUGGUUCAAGAUAUCAACUAGUGCUUCCAACUGGUCAGUAGCUUUAGUCAUUUACACCACCAUGCGCUUAAUCUUUAAUCAGUUUGGUUCAUCUUUUCAUGCUGUGGUAUCUGGCCCUCAGUAUACCCAUUCCUACUACAUACCAGAUGUGGUUAUAUUAAUUGUUGUGUUAUGAUAACACGUGUGUCAAAUCAUAAUCAACAGCACUGCUGCCAACCCCUGAAAGAAACUGAAAGCAUCCCCGCCUGCAUAAAGUGUUGUCCUACACGCUCAAAUUGGUGGAGAGCAGUGAGACCAAAAGCAGAACCUAUGAAAAUGGCCACCUGUUAUCUUUGUUAUGCUUUGUUUCAAAGCAAGUUAGAAGCAAUAAAUACCAGUGGACAACAAAUUCAAGAGCCAACUCAAGUAUAUUUUCAAAUUGACUUCACCUGAUUGAACAGUUUAAUUGUGACUUAACAUGUAAAUGGUUCUCAUUAAAUUUUCCAAACUCAGGAAAAAGGAGGCUGCCAUUCUUUGCCUAUUUGGAAAUCUGAACAUUAGGAAAGACCUAAUGGAUCCACUAUGAUAUUUUCCAGAUUACAGGCACCUAUUUUGAAAACAGCUCUGGUCUACUAUUUCUCACCUCUUCCACAACAAAGAGAUGUCUAAUUCUACCCAUGUGUCACAGUGGGGAAAUGUAAACUGAAGCAAAGUGAAUUUCACAUAUUUGUUGAUACCCAGUGCUUUUUCAGUCAUUUUGUUUGUAUGUGAACAUUGAUUUGAUGUGCAUACAGAGUAAAUCGUCUCUAUUUACUGCUUUGUCCCAGCUCACCUUUUAUGAGGGAAAAAUGUAAGCGUAUUGUUUUUCAGCUUAUUUUUUAUUUGAAAAAGCUACAAAGUCUUGAAUUUCCCUGAUGCACAUAAGAUAGUCGCAACUGGAUUUUGUAAAAUGGUUGAUCACAUGUGGUAUGGCUUUUUGUAAUUUCUCACAUUAGCAUCUUCUUUUUACCAAGUGUAUCAGAGCAGCAACGUCUUGCUUCAUCAUGCUGAUGGCUUUUGUUAGGUAUAUCUACUGAACAGAAUAUUGCAUUGAUAUAUUCACCAUGUAUGCGUGUAUGAUGAGAUGUUGCAACUUCUGCUAGCGACGCCUACUUUAUAGUAAAGCUAUC